AUGUACUGUGUGAAAGCUCGCAGCAGAGUAAAGGGAAACGAAGUAGAUACGUUGGGCGACAAGCCGUGGCCGGCGCUGCUGCCGCGCUCGCUGGGCCCCGCGGUGGGCGGCGUGGGCGUCGGGGUGGCGGUGGGGGUGGGCGGCACACCCCGCAGGCCCCGCAGCGAGAAGCGGCCCAUCCCGGACGACCAGAAGGACGAGAAGUACUUCGAGCGCCGCAAGAGGAACAACCAGGCCGCCAAGAAGUCGCGCGACGCGCGCAAGGUCCGCGAGGACCAGAUAGCUCUGAGGGCGGCGAUGCUGGAACACGAGAACGCGGUGCUUCGUGCGCAGUUGGUGACCCUGCGGGAAGAGGCGCACAGUUUGCGACACCUGUUGGCAGCAGCGAGCGCUCCCGGAAUCCUGAGCCGCGCUCGUCCGUCCCUGCACAAGCGGCAGCCCCUGCACAUCGUCACGGCUUUGACGCCGAGGGAACAUUUGACGGGCAGCGCAGCGAAAUCUACCCCGCGUCUGGCUGCUCCUUGCCCUCUACCCGCACUGCAGCGGAAAGCAGUGGAUCACUACAGUACCUGCAAUCUGUGACCCCGGUGUUGUCCUUGUUCGCCUUGCGACUGUAAAUCCCGAAAGUGUCUGGCGUUUAGCGUACGGCGCACAACUGACAGCCGAAC